CCUUUAAAAGCGUGUUCCUCCUCUGGUAUUGGUUGUUUCCUUGGGGGUGUCAGUUUCAGGUCGGGGAGAUCACUGCUUGUGUUUAUAGCCUACUCUGUUACACAGGUUUAGUCCUCGAAGAUCUGGAACAGAGCUUUAUACAUCAGCGUCAGCUUUGGGUCACUACGAGGAUUUGGGGGGUUACUGUAUAGUUAUAGCAAUAGUUAUAUUCCUAGAAACGCCAGAAGAGCUGUAUAUUUUUAAGCUAAUGAAUAUUUUUAGAAUGAGUGCUGGUCUUGUGCCCUGGUGAAUAGUUGUACCUGUCCUUGGUGCUGAAACUGACCUGUGCGUAUUACGGAUUGGACUUUUGCGCUUCACUUUGAGAACAAACAAAUCUGAGCUGCAAUCAACAACUGAAGAGAAGGAUCUGGUAAAAAAAAAAAAAAAAAAAAAAAAAAAAAAAAAAAGUCAUUAAGAUAGUGGACUUUGUGCCUUCUUGCUGGGACAGGAUCAAAAGGAGUUUGGGUGAGUUUUUGAGAUCUGAGAAAAACGCCCAGAAUGAUGAUCUGAUUCUGCAGAUUUUCUGGGCUUUAUUACCAAAAGCACACCUGUGUCAGAAAGGACAAAUGCACAUUUGAUUUUGAUUAGACACGAUGGAUGUAUCAACAAACGGGUCAAGCUUUGGGAUCGAGUCCAUACUUUCUCACAGACCUAACAGUCCGUGUGUUUCAAAGAGAGAAUGCAGGUCUCCGGCGGAGUUGAGCCCGCGGUCGGACUCGGACAGCGACUGCUCGUCGCCUCCCUCGCCGAGACGGAACUCUGUGGAAGACGCGGUGCAAAGACACGCGCGCACACUCGGACUGGACUCUCCUUUACAAAUAUCCCAGCAGCCAAGAACAGUAACGUCCUCGUUCUUGAUCAGAGACAUACUAGCGGACUGCAAACCCCUGGCAGCAUGUGCUCCUUAUUCCAGUCAUGGACAGUCAGCCCAAGAUCCUGAAGACUGCAUGGAUAAACUUCACAGCAAUUCGUCCUCGGACAGUGAAUACAGAGUGAGAGACGAAGCUGAUCGAGAAAUCUCCAGCAGUAGGGACAGCCCAAGCUCCCGGCUGAAGAAGCCACGCAAAGCCCGCACUGCGUUCUCUGAUCACCAGCUGGCGCAGCUCGAGCGCAGCUUCGAGCGUCAGAAGUACCUGAGUGUGCAGGACAGGAUGGAGCUGGCAGCGUCUCUAAAUCUAUCUGACACACAAGUCAAAACAUGGUACCAAAACCGCAGAACUAAGUGGAAGCGGCAGACCGCAGUUGGACUCGAGCUCCUCGCUGAAGCAGGAAAUUACUCGGCUCUUCAGAGAAUGUUUCCUUCACCCUAUUUUUACCCUCAAAGUUUGGUCUCCAACUUCGAACCGGGACCGGGGCUAUAUCUAUACCGAGGACCAUCCGCGCCUCCGCCACCCGUUCAACGGCCUCUAGUACCGAGAAUCCUCCUGCACGGUCUUCAGGGCGGCGGGGAUCCAGCAUCUCUCUCUGGAGUGAUACCUCGACACACGCCGCGAUGAACUCAUCCAACCUGUCACAGCUCCAAACUCAGGAACAACAGGGUUGCGCUUGGACGUGCCAAUGAAACAAAAACUUGACGCGCAAUAACAGACUUUCCAAAUGACUCUGACCAAAAGUUGAAUCUUAAUUAUUUAUUAAACUUUAAAAUGCUGAAAAAGUGAUUUUUUUAUUUAUUUAUUUUUUUUUUUGAGACGAGGAUUUAAAAAAAAAAAAAAAAAAAAAAAACCCUCGUGAGACAGGCUAGGCUAUAAAACAUUAUGAUGAUGCUUUCCCCCUCAGAAAUGGCGUGAUGGUUUAUUUGCACAAAAAAUAUGACGCAAGCACAUCAAAAUAGACAUUACAGAUAUCAACAGAAGACAAAGCAAUUUCAGCGGAAUGAUAUAACUUAUUAAACUAUGAUAAAAAAAAAGCAUCUGAAGAAUAUAACAAUAAUAAAAUAAUAAUGCGUUGUUGUUAUAAAUGUAAUUUGUCAGAUUAUUGUGAUUGUGGUCAUAGUGCUGAGCAUUAUUAUUAUUAGGCUAUUAGUAGCUACUCAAGUAUGACAGUUUUCCUAAUGCACAGAUGAGAGCAAAUUCAAGGCACUGCAACCUGUUCAGAUGUUGAAACCGUCUUUGUGGAAAUUGUGUUGUGAUUAUGGGUAGUUUACAACUUCAAAAUGCGCCAAAAUAUUUUUUUUUCAAAUAAAUAAAGACUGUUAAGACGCAUACAACGCUAGCGAUUUAUUCUUUAAUAUCAUCGGAUGUGAAUGUAUGAUAGCCUCCUUAAAAUGGGCUUCAGAAAAUGGUCGAUGCAAAAAGUUUACCCACACACAUGAAUGUGAUUUUUUUAGAAUUCAAAGCGUAGCUGCAACAAGGUAUCAUAUUACCAGUAGUCUGUAGUGCAGGUGAAUAAAAGCACGAAGCAAGACAAAAAAAGUGGGCUAUUUUGGUGGGUAGGCAAUCCAUAUUGUGGCACUUUUUUUUUUUUUUGCUAUUUUCAUUUUACACAAGAUGUAACACACAUUUAAGUUUGGCAUUUUAUAUUAAAAUAAACAAAUUACUGCUAAUCAAAACCUUGUGACGUCUAUGUAUAUUUAAAGCGUCACGUGAGCUUCGUAACGAACAGCUUACACAAGUUGAAAUGAGCCUAUCUGCUAACUGG